GAAAGGAAGAAAUGUUUGUUACUGUGUUCAUUUGGGAGGCAAAUAAACCAAGAUCGAUCCAUUUCACUUCCCGGAUUUAAUCGUCAACUGGCAAUUCAAGGUCAUUAUUCAUGAUUGUUGAACCCUAUUUUUUCUCGUUUCUUCUACUUCUUUUCUCCGCUUUUGAUCCUACUUUCCAUGGAGUGACAGAUGAUGAGUACAGAUACUCAUGAGAGGAUUGUUUUCUGAUUCAAUCUGAUAUGUUGGGAUUUCGCAUGUGUUUUUUGUUUAUUAAUCUAGAGAUAUGAGUUGCUAUAGAAAAUCGAAGUUUGCGAUUGAUGCCUUUCGGAGCUUGUCUUCGAAGAUUUUCCCCAAAGAUUCAAUUCGUGAUUGUGGAUCAAGAAUUUCCCAUAGUAGGAAUUCGUUUACGGCUCAAUCUGCUUCUCCAAUCAUACAAAGAUUUGGAAGACAAGUUGGAGAGAAUCGGAAGCUAUGCAAUCCUUUUUUAGGUGGUUCGAAGAGAUUUUACUAUGUCGAUCGCUAUCGCGUCGAGCAUUUUAAGCCCAGAGGACCUCGGCGAUGGUUUGAAGAUCCGAGGAACUUAUUGAUAGUUGUGAUUGCGGGUUCUGGAGUUUGUGUGACAGUGUAUUAUGGGAAUUUAGAAACCAUACCUUAUACCAAACGGAGGCAUUUUGUGCUGUUAUCGAGAGCUAUGGAGAGGAGGCUUGGAGAGUCGCAAUUUGAGCAAAUGAAGGCAGCCUUUAAGGGUAAAAUAUUGCCUGCUGUACACCCUGAAAGUGUGAGGGUAAGAUUGAUAGCUAAGGAUAUAAUUGAGGCAUUACAAAGAGGGUUGAAGCAAGAGAAUGUGUGGAGUGAUUUAGGCUAUGCAUCAGAGGCUGUGAUGGGAGCCCCUGAAGGUAGUGGCCAUGAGACAUUGAUGGCGCUUAGGGGUUCUGGGGCUGAGAAGAUGGAAGAUAAAUGGUACCGCGAAGACGAGGUUCUUGAUGACAAAUGGGUUGAGAGCUCUAGGAAGAAGGGCCAGGAAAAGGGUUCCCAAGCAAAUACUUCACAUUUGGAUGGAUUGAACUGGGAGGUUUUGGUGGUGAAUGAACCGGUUGUUAAUGCAUUUUGCUUGCCUGGUGGGAAGAUUGUUGUUUUCACUGGCUUGCUCGAGCACUUUAGAAAGGAUGCAGAAAUUGCAACUAUUAUUGGUCAUGAGGUUGGGCAUGCUGUGGCUCGACAUUCUGCUGAGGGUAUUACGAAGAACCUGGGGUUUGCCGUUUUGCAACUUAUCCUUUAUCAGUUCAUCAUGCCUGAUAUUGUCAACACUAUGUCAACUCUUUUCUUGAGGCUUCCUUUCUCUAGAAAGAUGGAAAUGGAAGCAGAUUACAUUGGUUUGCUUUUGAUCGCCUCCGCUGGAUAUGACCCGAGGGUUGCACCCGCCGUAUACGAGACGUUGGGUAAGGUCACUGGUGAGUCUGCACUAAGAGAUUAUCUCUCUACUCAUCCAUCUGGAAAGAAGAGGGCACAGUUGCUAGCUCAAGCCAAGGUUAUGGAGGAAGCUCUCACUGUUUACAGAGAAGCAAGAGCCGGACAUGGGGUUGAAGGCUUCCUAUAAGACUCCCAAAACUGCGCUAGAAACUUUGAAAUAAGUUCAUAUGGAUUGGAAAGAGAAUGGCUUCUCUCCUCCAUUGUACUGUUUUUUAGCAAUGGCAGUAUUGUUCUGUUAAAGCAUGAUAUCAAAUUGUAAUUCAUUGAUUUCAACCAUGAUCAAAAUGUUUUAGUGAAUUUUGGGUAUUAA